AACACUGGACACCCUCGGAGGUGGUGCUGAUGGAGUCACCAGCUUGUCUCUGCGCCUUUGUGCUGCUGUCAGCAGGCUGUCUGCCUCCAGCACCCCCCUCCCCCAUUGUGUAAUCCGGUGCUUCCCAUUGGCUGUGGGCCAGGAGACCACCCAGUCACGCUCGUCCAAGCUGUGUUUAAAGCGAGAGUAAUGGAGAGUAAUAUUUCAGUGUCCUCUCCCUUCACCAACCACUGUCUCCUCAAGGUUAGACUGACUGCUGGAAAGACCACACAGACAGGACAAGGACGGCUGUUCUCAGUGAAGGACCUUGCUCUCGCUACUGAGGAGUGACCAUGGGCCUGCUCGCCUACCUGAAGACCCAGUUCGUCCUGCACCUCCUCAUCGGGUUCGUCUUUGUGGUGAGCGGGCUGGUCAUCAACUUCAUCCAGCUCUGCACCCUCGUCCUCUGGCCCCUGAACAAGCAGCUGUACCGCCGGCUGAACUGCCGCCUCGCCUACUCGCUCUGGAGCCAGCUGGUCAUGCUGCUGGAGUGGUGGUCCUGCACGCAGUGCACGCUCUUCGCCGACCAGGCCACCAUAGACCGCCUAGGGAAGGAGCACGCCGUCAUCAUCCUCAACCACAACUUCGAGAUCGACUUCCUGUGCGGGUGGACCAUGUGUGAGCGGUUCGGGGUCCUGGGGAGCUCCAAAGUCCUGGCCAAGAGGGAGCUGCUGUGCGUGCCCCUCAUCGGCUGGACGUGGUACUUCCUGGAGAUCGUGUUCUGCAAGAGGAAAUGGGAGGAGGACCGGGACACCGUCAUCGCAGGCCUGAGGUGCCUGGCCGACUACCCUGAGUACAUGUGGUUCCUCCUGUACUGUGAGGGCACGCGCUUCACAGAGAAGAAACACCGCGUCAGCAUGGAGGUGGCCGCCUCCAAGGGGCUGCCCCCCCUCAAGCACCACCUGCUGCCUCGCACCAAGGGCUUCACCACCGCGGUCCAGUGCCUGCGCGGGACAGUCGCAGCCAUCUAUGACGUCACUCUGAAUUUCCGGGGAAACAAGAACCCGUCUUUGCUGGGGAUCCUCUACGGGAAGAAGUACGAGGCGGAUAUGUGUUUGAGGAGGUUCCCUCUGGAAGAGAUCCCGCAGGAUGAAAAGGAAGCGGCUCAGUGGCUCCAUAAGCUGUACCAGGAGAAGGAUGCUCUGCAGGAGACGUAUAACCAGAAGGGCGUGUUUCCGGGGGAGCCGUUCAGACCCGCCCGCCGGCCGUGGACGCUCCUGAAUUUCCUCUUCUGGGCAACGGUUCUCCUGUCUCCUCUGUUCAGCUUUGUCUUGGGCGUCUUUGCCAGCGGCUCUCCCCUCCUGAUCCUCACGUUCCUGGGCUUUGUCGGGGCAGCUUCCUUUGGAGUCCGCCGACUAAUAGGAGUAACUGAAAUAGAAAAAGGCUCCAGCUACGGGAACCAAGAAUUUAAGAAAAAGGAAUAAUUAAUGGCUGUGAUUGAACACACUUAACUCGAUGGUGGUGUCCGAUUAACUCAAUUAAAAACAGAACCACACACACAGAGGAAAAAAAGACACUUAGAAACUAUUUUCUUAUUAACUGGUGACUAAUAUUAACCAAUAAACUUGAGCCAAGAGUAAAGAAAUGAGAAAGCCUGCCGGAUGGAGACUUCACAGCGCACCACCGCAGGGCCGCCUGUCGCUGUGGGAGACCGGGGCGCGGAGGGCGGCGUCUGCUCUGGGCGGUGGCCCCUGGGGUCGGGGAUUCACCCAGCGCCAUUGCUCAAGGACUCUGCUGGCCAGAGAGAGCCUCUGAUGCUUUCUCUUCUUAAACUUGGGUCCCUUUUUGUUUGUACCUGUGAUUUCGGGAACUCGCCCUGGCCCCUCGCCGCUCCCCUGCACCCCCAACAAACUCUCUUCACGACUCUUCCCCAGGCCUCCUGGGUGCAGAUGUCACAGCAUCUCUGGCCCCCAAAGCAAUCAGCAUCUUGGCUUCCAGACAGUAGGUGGGGAGCUGGUGGGGUCGGGGCACCGCGGAGAAAGUGCUCUGGGUGAUAAGCACACACUGGGUGUCGGAGGGAUGGGGCCUGUCCAGGGCCGGCAGCGGGCAGAUGCUGUGCAGUUUCCUCCCUAAGCCUGGGUGUGAGUCCCCGAGGGUGCGGGGAAUGUAGCUCCGCUGCCCUGUCUCCCUGUGGCCCUGACGGUAGUCCCUCUGCUGGGUGCUGGGCGGGGCCACGCUGGGCCAGUGCCCUCUCCCCGCCGCCCCAGGACCCGUGAUGCAAACAGUGUCACCACCCAGUCUGUCUGCUAAGAUGGGUGGAGACUGUUUACACAGGGCCCGUUAGCCUCUAGAGAUGCUAUUUUCACAGUUGAUCUGUUGGUGGCUCUCAACUACCUGAUGAAAAUGAGCCGUGGCGAGCCUUCCCCCAUCCUGCCACCCUCCCUGCCCCGAGCAGGCACACUUGUCUGGCCAGGGCCUGCUUCUGACCAGGUGGGUGGCCUCUUGGCCUGGCGGCGCCCACACCCACAGGUGCCCGGUGGAGUGUCUCCCCAGGUCCCCACAGCCUGUGCUUGACUUACGACCUCUCAGCAUCCUUUGCAGGCUUGGCCCUGGAGGGAGGUUGAUCCCGCAGAUGGAGCCUGGCCGGCUGGAGGCUGCUGGGCAGACGGAGUGGGAACCAGGGCUUCUCCCGCCUCCCGCGGCUCCGCUCCGCCAUCCCACCGCACACGGCUGCUUUGGACUUUCUUCUUAAACCUUCAAGUUGGUUUUUUUAAAGCCACAUUUCCCGCCUCUUUUUUUAGCAAGGGAAAGAAAACUAAUGGGUAUUAUCUCUGACACACUGUAACCAGCAUUCCGAACAGAGUCAGGUUGGAUUUUCUAGAAAAGUGGAGGAAAGAGAAAUAAGAGAAAUUAGAAACUGAAUUGAAAGAAGAAUAAUGUACUGGCCCUAAGUAUGUAUUGGGGAAGAUUUGUCAGGCUGGCAUCAAUGCUCUGUAACAACAAUGCUCUCCUGAGGUUUAGGUUUGGUGGCCCUGACGGGCAGGUGCAGAGACGUGCACCCCAGUUCCACGCUGCUCGUGUCCCAGGGCGAGUGGAUGCAACUCCUGUGGGGCUGAAGAGUUAAAACAGUUCACAAUGCUUUUGUUUCGGAACUGCGCGUGCUUGCCUCUGUCCUGAAGCACAGUCCCCGCUCCCUCAGGGUUAGCGGCCACCUGAGAGUUGAUUUGUCUUCAUCCCACGCUGCUCACCUGUCUUCAUGCGUGUUCAUCUGUGUCAUUUGCUGAGUCACAAAUGCCUAAAUCAGCUCAAAGGAAACCAGAGGGAGGGUCCUACUGGACGGAGCCCCACCGGGAAGCAGCAGAUUUAGAUCCUUUACCACUUAAUUAAUAGUCUUGGUUUCCCAGAUAAGUCCCCUUCCCCUGAAAUUAAUUCAUAACACGCGAAUUCUACAUCUAGGCAAUGAAUGAGCCGUGCAGACUCCUGUAAAUGGAGCCUGAGACCAGGGUGUAGGUUUCCAAUCUCAGUGAUUCCUCCCGAUUUAACAUGGAUCAGCUCAUGCAUUGAACACUGAGCCCUUUGGGAGCAAUAAAAACUACACCAGGAGUGUGCAGCCUUUUUUUUUUUUUUUUUUGAGAGAGAGAGAGGGUAGGUUUUGCUUUUCAUUCACUUCAGCAGGAAAGGGGGAGGGGAGCUCUUUUAAUUUUUUACCUUAAAUUAAUAAAUUGCAGAAUUGUGCUUUUCUUUA